AUGGCGCUUUUGCUGAUUUUGAUGGCCUUAUUGCGACCCAGUACUUCGACCCCCGCGACAGAGAUGGCGUUAGCAAACGUGACCAGAUUUGCAUCUGGUGAUUUAUUUACCCUUGUGGGUCCUGAUUGCGGCCUAACUCGCUGUAUGGAAGUGUCUCAUGGCACUGCUUUGGCCGCGAUGGGUGUCGUUGGAGGCACUGGGUGCUCUUGUCAAUGUCGUAAAGAGACUCCUGCAUUUCGAGAAGAUCAAAGAACUUGCGUGAAUCAUGUUGAUGGGCAAAUUGUCUAUCCAUCAAAGGAAAUUAUUUUUACCGACGUGGAAGACGCGGUAUGCGCGGUGACCAGCGCGCAGUACCUGUCACCUUCGGGCUGGGUAGCAUUUAGGGACCUCGUCGACAACGACGUGCCCUUCGCGCUCUAUAGGGACGAAGGGAGCACCUACUUGCAGUGGCGAGGGUCGUCAGUUCUUCACGAUCGUCUGGAAGGACGGCUGGUGACCGUCCACGUGCUCUGUUCCACGUUGGCCCCCACGGGGCUUGCCGCCUCCUGUGCCGCCUUCAGGAUCGCCGGUGCCACGCACAACAGCCUACUUGACGUGCGCUCCAUUCCGUUCCACGCUGGUGAAAUCGUGAGCGUCGAUCCAUCGAACCAGAGCAAGGGACUGAGCGUCCUGGAGUCCUUAGCCAUUGGGGUCUGUGUUCUCAUGCUGGUCUUCGUGUACGCGGCCGGGAUAAUCUUCUACAUACAUUACAAGCAGAAGCAGAGGCGCAAGAGGAAUGACGCGGAGAUGAAUAUGUCCAACACUACCUCCACUGAUAACGGCUCGACGCUAGGCUCGCGCAUAGAUUUGGAUAACGUGAGAUUGAAGACAAAUCCGUUACUGAACUUGGAUAGCAUGCGGAAUGACUUCUUUAACGACGCCGGCCUAUCUGAUGUCAGCGAACAAACCGAGGAUACACUGGACUCGCCACACAAUUUCCAGAAAUUUCAGGGUAUGAAUUCGAAUAUUGUGUCAGCAAUGGUCCACUCGCCACGGAGAAAACCGUCCCGUCCGUCGAUUCGGGCUCCGAUACCGGAGCGGAUGACGGAGAGGCUGCAGCGGCGGUCGGCCUCCCCCGAAUUGGAGAAAGCCCCGCACUCCGAUCUGUCGAUCAUCGACUGCAGCGUCGAUAAUAGUGCGAUGGCAAAUCUCAAUCAGCCGUCCAACGUCGAUCCAGUUAUCAGGAGGAAGCUCUACUUCAACCCGGUGUUCUUCGAGGUCGAACACCUAAAGAAUCCACCACCGGCCGCUAUAGAUUUUCUGAUAAAAAUUCGCGAAAUCAUGGCGAUCGCUAAGGAGAAGAUGCUGUCAAAAAGGUUCAUACCGAUGCUGUCGGACAUACCAGAGGAGGAGUUGUACCAUACCGUAGACUUGGGAUGGGACAUACCUUGCGCGCGACGCGGCAGGCGGUUCAGCGCGAUAAGUCUUAAGCGGGAGAACAGUAGGAGGGCCAUCCAUUGCGGUGGAUGUCCUGGUUGCGACAGCAAUGAUAAAUCGCAAAGGGCCCCCGGCUUAAUCAGGUCCAACUCUUGCAAAACAUGCGUCAGCGAUGACUACAAACAGAGUAUCGUCCAAAAAUGGUUGGACGAGGUACCCUCGCCCUCGCAAACAAUAAAAGCCGUGAAAUCUGUCGCCAAGGUUAGCGGGACCCCGAGAGUGAUUGAAUCAAAGAAAAAAGAAGAGAUCUGCCACACUCCAGUGUCACCUUUAAGAAGCGAACUGACUCGGUCCCCCAAGGAGGAUUCGAAGAAAGUGUCCGAAACGUUCGUUGAAGAGUAUUUAAACGAUAGGCGUCCUAAAGAAAGUGUUGACAGGCGGGAUCAGGAAAAAAAUAAGCACAUUCAAGUUCCGGUACCCGUCCACCAAGAACAAAGUCCGAAAGGUAGAGGUAAGGUGUCGCCAUCGUCGAGUAAGAGAGCGCAAGACAAGAGAAGCCCGUCGAGUAACGCGACGAGGCGCGUUAUGAGGAAAAAGCUACCGCCCCCGCCACCGCCGCCAGUCAAAUCUCCGGAACCACCUAAAGUCGAAGACAAUGAGCCAGUGCUACCUGAAGUCAAAGUGAAAAUGGAGGCCGUGAUAAAAGAGCUAAACAAAUGUACGAGGUCGGAGGAAGAAGAAAUGGAGAAAUUGCGCCUAUUGGCCGCAAGUUCUAGUAUACCGAAAUUGAUAAUACCAGUUGUGGCAGCGGACUCACAUUAUUACAGCGACGAUAACGCUCUAUCGAACGUUCGUAAGAACCCACCGCUCAGCGAAGUAAAUAUGGAGUUUGACAGCUUGGAAAGGAAUAUGUUGAAACGUCGAAGAUUUUCACUAGACUUCGGUUCCGAGUUGACACAAAGAGUGCACGACGUACAGAGGAAUCCGGCAGCACCACGCGAGAGAUUAUCCAGAAGCUGGCGUGAUAUAAAGCAAGCAGUCGAUAAUUCUCAAGAGUCACAAACGAUCAACUUGCAAUUUAGAGGAGGUUCGAAUGCAUGUCACGUAGAAACGAACGACGUUUUUAUAAAUACAAUGGAACCGUUAUACAACAACGUUGAAAAUCCGGGGCCCUUGACAAUAGAAGUAAGAGGUUCCCCCGUCGACAACAGACCGAGGAUACACGACGACUUUGAUCCUGACACUCUUGAUAGGAAACCGAAACGGGAGGCCAAGAAAUCCGUCGAAAAGAUUUUACUGAAAUCGGGGGGAAGCUUCAAAAAUAAGGCGGUGGGGCAAAGCGGUAACGAAAACGCACAAAUGGAGAGAAAAACACCGCCGGAGGCGAUCUUCACGAGAAAGAUAGGAAGCCUCAGACAAAUCUACGAGGCCAAGACCAAAUCUCAAGGCGACGUGCGGCCGUAUUACGGCAGGCGUGGUAGCCUACCUUACGGCAACCUCGAUAUGGCGGCAUACGCUAAGUCCUCUAGACCUCCGAUUGCCAUUCGCCAGCUGGAAGCCCAAAGCGAGCCGAAACCACCGCUGCCGCCGAAGCAACGCCGCCUCGCCGAGAAGUACAGCCCUCCGAGCGAGAGGCAGAGAUCCGAGGAGAGGGAGCGGGUGCAACAAGCCUGUCGCGACAACCUCAACGCGCGUCGCUCCGGCCGGCGCUCUUCCAGAACACGCUCGCGGCGGAUCGACCUGAGGAAGCUCUGCCGCACGGAAGACUCGGGCUACCUGAGCACGGACUCCAACGAGUCCAAGUGCCGGGCGCGCUGCCUGGCGCAGCUGCGGCCCAGGGCACCCGAGCCCCUGCCGAGGCUGUCACCAAGGCUGUCACCGAGGGUGUCGCCCGUCCGGCCGCCCGUCGAAUCGGACUCGGACCCGGAGUCGCUGUGCGACGGCCGCAGCGAGUCGGGCGGCGAGAGCGUCGAGACGGACUCAGUGUUCUUCGGCAACUUCGACGAGUCGCGGCAGCUGCGCGCUGAGCUCGGCCUGUGCGCGUCCGCCCACGAGCAGAUCGACUCCGGCUUCGUCGGCGAGGGCGUCGCGCUCAGCGGCGACAGCGACUCGGAGCACAGGAGCGUGAUCUCCAUAGUCACCGGCCGCGACGGACGCUCCUCGGUCGCUUCCAUACGGAACUCCGACGAGCCGCAGUACGUAAAAACCGUCCAGUGU